AAGCAUCAUGGACUUGUGUUGGCAGUCCUACUCAUCUCCCUUCAAAAUGGCGUACUCCAAAACUUUUCUUCUUCUUGGACUUGUGUUGGCAGUCCUACUCAUCUCCUCUGCGGUUUCAGCCAGAGAGCUAGCUGAAACUCAGGAAAAUAUGCAAUUGAAAAGUGUGGAAGAAGCCAAGUAUGGUGGACAUGGCUAUGGCUACGAGCAUGGCCAUGAACAUGAUCAUGGACACGGGCACCCUGGCCAUGGUGGGCAUCCUAGACAUGGUGGUGAGGAAAACAUGCAACUGAAAAGUGUGGAAGAUGCCAAGUAUGGCGGUCAUGGCUAUGGCUCCGAACAUGGCCAUGGACACGAACAUGGACACGAAUAUGGACAUGGGCACCCUUGACAUGGUGCUGGUGAGAGAAAAGAGGCAGAAACUGAGUCUAAUAAGAAUUAGAUGACCUUUGUAAAUCGUAUGCAUGUUUUGUGUGUGCAAAUAAAAUAAUUAUGUAAUGUAUGUAUGUUUUUAAUGUGGAAUAAAGCAUGGUGUUAGCAUGUGCCACAGUGUAUUAGUCGUGUAAUAUCAUUAUCAAGACUUUCAUGUCUAUCUUCUAUCUAUUUGCUUUCUAUGUAUCUUGAAUGUGUGCAAUACAUUUUAAUAUGUCAACUAUAA